UUAUAUAGUGGCCCCUGAAAGUCCAUACAGCCACGAAGCAUCAUAACGACUAUUCAGCUGACCACUCUUCUUCCUUGUCCCUCUUUCUCCUUAACUAUUUAUUUCUCCUCCAUUAAUAUACUAAUCUCAAUCUCAAUCUCAAUUGUGUGUGCCGACCAUUUCUUCCUCCCAUACCCCCACCGCCCACCCCUCUAUCCACCCCACCCCACCCCACCCCACCUCUCAAUCUAUAUAUAUAGUCACAGUAAUACAAUUGUUCCACCAUGUUUCACUUGCCACCGCUUUCUUGAAACUAGUUUUUCCUGUGUGUGAAUCUCCAAGCUCGUCACACCACAUACUCAUCCCACCAAAGGCUCUGAUACCAGUUGUUGGACUCAGCCAGCUCAAUAAAAAAAAAAAAAGCAUUAAGCUAUGAGGAAAAACAGAGGAUUUAAAAUUGGUCGGAAGCUGGUGAGAGUAUUCAGUUGGUUAAUUCACCGCAGAAAAAAUGGUAGUAUGAGAAACAAGCGGUUAAAUUGUGCGAGUAGAGCCAUAUCAAAGUUAUGCAAAUUGGGACGUUUGGUUAAGCAUGGAGCAAAAGUACUCUGUUUCGGGAAGCCCAAUUCGGGUUACAUCCGGGUCGGACAAGAACCGGUUGACCCGAAGAUGGUGGUCGUACCGAAGGGACACUUGGCUGUGUACGUGGGUGAGAAGGAAGAUGACACGUGUAGAAUUGUUGUGCCAGUGAUAUACUUUAAUCACCCUCUAUUUGCUGAAUUGUUGAGGGAAGCAGAAAUGGUUUAUGGGUAUAAUCAUUCGGGUGGGAUCCAAAUACCAUGUCGGAUAUCCGAAUUCGAGAACGUUAAAUCAAGAAUCGCCGCCACGGGUGGUGGUGGGAGCUGCCGUGGAGAGCUGAGGUGGAGGCAGAAUUAGUUGUUGGAGAAAAUUGUAACGUGCAAUGGCACAACCCUCCAUCCAUAAUGUUGUGUUGGAGAGGUUUAGUUUAUGUCAGUUUUUUUCUUUUCUUUUUACACUAUAUUUUAAAACGUUUGUUCGGUGCACUAAACUCACGUUACGUGCAAGAUUGUGAACGUUAUGGAGUCAGAUGAGCUGUGGAUGAGUCAUUUGGAGAAAAUUGUAACCUGCAAUGGCACAACCCUCCAUCCAUGUUGUGUUGGGGAGGUUUAGUUUAUGUUAGUUUUAUUAUUAUUAUAAUUAAAUUUGGGAAAGGUCAAAAAAGUAUGCAGUAAUCUCAAAUGUUUGUGCUCUGUGGGUGAGAAGGUAUCUUGUACAAAUUUUUGUGAACCUUCUAGCUCAAUUCUCAAAUGAAAUGCAGCAUUUUAUAUUGAAAUAUCAUUGGAUGUUAUAUUUCUCUUC